AUGCCUGGGAAACGCCUGCGCUUUGUUCGUUCCUCAACUAGCUUUUACGACUUGAGUUCUCUCCACGAGCCCCUGCCGCUGCCACCUCCGGAGCAGCAGCUGCAGAUGAAGCCACCGCGCUAUCCCAAGAAUGUUCCCAUGGAAGAGGAUGAUGCGUCUCCACCGGCAUGGUCGCCCAAUAUGAAGGAGAACGGCCAAGGGCAGAGUGGCAAUUUCCUUGAUAGAUGUAACUACUGCAGAAAGAUCCUUGGCGAGAAAGAUAACAUUUAUAUGUACAGUUCGUUGCGGGCAUUUUGUAGCUCUCAGUGCCGUCACAGACAAAUUGUUGUGGACUCGGUCAGGGAAAGA